AUGGGUUUGGGGUGGGUUGCGGGUAGGGAAGAGGCUAGGUCACUGGCUGCUGUGAUUUCAAUCAAGGAUUGGAUUGGCAUUGGAGUGGCUAAGAUGGGGGAUGGGGAGGAGUUGUUUUGGGUUGAUGAGAUGAGGAGAGGUUUGAUGGCGAUGGUGGAGAAGAAAGGUGAUGGCUGUGGGGUCAGGGAGUAA